CUCUGUGUGUGUGUGUGUGUGUGGACAGACAGGUCGGGUGUCUCUUGAUUGUGGGACAGAUCCUCGUCCUCUCUUCUCAGACCUGGUUCAGCGCUGAUGACGAGCAGAUGAAUGAAGAGGUUCAGAGGAAAAGUUUGGACCGUGUGUGUGUGUGUGUGAUGGUGUGUGUGGAGAAGCGAGCUCCUGCUCCUCCUCUGUGAUGUGAUGUGAGGAUGAAGAUGAGGAUGAGGAUGAGGAGGUGGUGGAUGAUCGUGUUGUCAGGUCUGUGGAGCGUCGCAGGAGAACUGCCCUUCAUCGCAGAGAACAACGCAGCCAUGUUGGUGAACUGGAACGCUGUUGAUGGAAACAAGAAGCUGUUCACUAUCUAUGAUACAAGUGUGAACCAGCCGGGGAACAUGUCUGUCGUCAAGGAGACAGUGGACAAACUGUUGAAAGGUUAUGACAUCCGUCUGCGUCCAGACUUUGGAGGUCGUCCUGUAGCUGUUGGGAUGAGUAUCGAUGUGGCGAGCAUAGACAUGGUGUCAGAGGUCAACAUGGACUACACACUGACCAUGUACUUCCAGCAGUACUGGAGAGACAAACGUCUCAGUUACACAGAGAUUCCUCUCAACCUGACUCUGGACAACAGAGUUGCUGACCAGCUCUGGGUUCCUGACACUUACUUCCUCAACGACAAGAAGUCCUUUGUCCACGGAGUCACCGUCAAGAACCGAAUGAUCCGACUGCACCCAGACGGAACCGUCCUCUACGGACUCAGAAUCACAACGACGGCCGCCUGUAUGAUGGAUCUGAGGAGAUACCCUCUGGACGAGCAGAACUGCACCCUGGAAAUUGAGAGUUACGGUUACACUACAGACGACAUCGAGUUCUACUGGAAAGGAGGAGACACGGCGGUUACCGGGGUAACGCGCAUCGAGCUUCCUCAGUUCUCCAUCGUGGAUUACAAGCUGGUGUCCAGGAACGUGGUCUUCUCCACAGGCGCUUAUCCUCGACUGUCACUGAGCUUCAAACUGAAGAGAAACAUCGGAUACUUCAUCCUGCAGACGUACAUGCCCUCCAUCCUCAUCACCAUCCUGUCCUGGGUCUCCUUCUGGAUUAACUACGACGCCUCGGCCGCCAGAGUGGCUUUAGGAAUCACCACUGUCCUCACCAUGACGACCAUCAACACUCACCUGAGAGAGACGCUGCCCAAGAUUCCCUACGUCAAAGCCAUCGACAUGUACCUGAUGGGCUGCUUUGUCUUCGUCUUCCUCGCUCUGCUCGAGUACGCCUUCGUCAACUACAUCUUCUUUGGUCGAGGUCCUCGGAUGCAGAAGAGGCUGGCGGAGCGAGCGCAGAAGGUCACCGCUGAGCGCAACGCGUGUGACCACCGGUCCACAAAGUCUUUUGUGGGAGGAGGAAACUGCAGGUCUUUGUCCGUUAAACAGUCCAAUCAGAUGAGAGGGCGGAGCUUCUCACAACGGGUCGACUCCCACGGGAACAUUUUACUGACGACCUUGGAGAUCCACAACGAGGUGGGCGGGAAUGAGGUCACAACCACCGUGAGUGAGACUCAUAACUCCUCCUCCUCCUCCUCCAUGAUGUUUGACAACAGCGGGCUUCAGAACAGGAAGUCCAGUAUGAUCCAGGACCCGGGUCGACUCAGCUUAGACCACAACAACCAUCCACAGAAGCCCCCUCUGAGGAGAAGAUCCUCACAGCUGAAGAUCAAAAUCCCCGACCUGACAGACGUGAACGCCAUUGACCGAUGGUCACGUAUCUUCUUCCCCUGCACCUUCUCCCUCUUUAACCUCAUUUACUGGCUUUACUACGUCAACUGAGGACACCAGUCAGACAACAGUCAGACAGAGGACAACAGUCAGGCAGACAACUACCGUCGGACACAGGACAACUGUCAGACUGAGUACAACAGUCAGACAGAAGACAACAGUCAGACUGAGGACACCAGUCAGACAUUGGAAAACAGUCAGACAUUGAUUUAAACGUUUGUACAGAAUGUCAUGUUUCAGACUGAAAACACACAUUUAUGUCACUUAUUAAAACGUGUAAACUACAACAAAAAUCAUAAUCACAUGACAUCAUUCCACAUAAACACAAACAGACUCUGGCUUUAUGAUCUGGACUCAAACCAGAUUGAAUGAGUCAGUAAAAAUUUUGGAAAUCCACCUUUAAUCCAGUACAGUAAACGACAAGCUAACAGUUUAGCUCAGACAUGUUAACUCCAAACAUUUGUAAAUAACCAACUCAUUUAACUCAGCAAUCAGAGUCCAUCUUAAAAAAAGUUAUCACCUGUGUGGGGGCGGAGCAUCCAUCUGUAACAGGUGAUAACAGGUAACAGCUGAUAAAAAAGCUGCUAACUACUGUAGCAUUAGUGCUUGACUUUAGCAGCUGCCACGGAAACACAAGCUACAAAAUUAGCCACUGCUAUAUCAGCUGCUAAGGUAACAGCUAAUAUAGCAGAGCCUACCAAAGUCAAACAGCUACUGUAACUUCUUAAGUAGGAACUGCUAUAUUAGCUGUAAGAAGCAAUGCAUAUAAGCAGCUACUAAAUGUUAACAGCUACAAUGGCUGCUAAAUUAGCAGCUUCUACAUUAGCUUCUAAAAGCAAACAGCUACACUAUCUGUUAAAAUCAAGUGUCUCCAGAGAAAAACGUUUUAAAUAAAAUUAAUAUUGCCACAGCUGCAUUAGCUGCUAAAGUAACAGCUAAUUUAGCAGUGACUACUAAAUGUUAACAGCUAUCAUAGCUGCUACAUUAGCUACUGAAGUCAAGCAUCUACAUUUGCCACUUUAGCAGCUAAUAUAGCUGCUGCUGCAUUAGCUACUAAAGUAGCAGCAGCUGCUAAAUGUUAGCAGCUACCAUAGCUAAAGUAGCAGCUAUAUUAGCCACUAAAGUAGCCACUAACUCGUUACUACCACUGAUAAAGUCAAGCAUCUACAGUAGCUUUUUUGUUUUUAAAUUGAAAUUAUUUAAACAAGUUUUUUUUAAUUUAAUUUGUUUUCUUUUUGUGGUUGUGUUGUUUUUCCAGAUGUUUUUUUUUUUAACAGAGUUUGUGUUCUCACUCUCUCAUAGGUCAGAUGACUGUGUGAAUUCUGGCCUUUUGUUUUGUUGGUCUUUACAUGAACAUAAUAACUUACUGUCGUUUGUGUUGUAAAUAUAAAUCAUCAUCAUCACAGCAGCCAACAUUUCUGUUGUUUUAUUUAAAGAAGUAAAAACAGUUUAAUCAUGUGAUACGAGUCAAGGAGGAACUGGUGCUGCUGGUUCUGGUGCUGGUGGUCGCGCAGUGAUAGUGUGUCGUCGUAGCAGCGCCGUCUCCUUAGUAACCGUUGUUGGCUUUUUCUCACCGCACCAUCUGCGCCGCCUGCUCGAGCGUCUCUGAGCGUAGGAGGCAACGCCAACCGUCACAAAUCUGUUCAGCUCAGAGACUCAAGAAUUAACCAGGGCUGUUCACAGGGACUUCAUGGUCCCUGAACCGAAGAGUCCUGGUGGCCCCACGUCGGAGCAGACGACAAGAGGCAGGAGCAGUAGUAACACAAAGUGACCACACGAGGAAGCAUCAACCAGCAUCGACCUGUGUCCUAGCGAGAUAAAAUCACUGCUUUUCUCUAUGGACUUUGGUGUGGGAGAGUGACUGGUUUACAGACUUCAAUUUCCUGUUGGAAAAGUCUGUCUAACAGUGAGAUAAAGACGUGAACAUGUUGUUUCUCCUCACGUGACCAAACAAAGGUAAACUCUCUUCUGUGCAGUUGGAGUUGGAGACAAACUUUUGUCCUUCAGGGCCACCGUACGUCUGCUGAGGCUGCAGGGAAACACAGAGCUGAGUUUUCUGCUCAGUCUGCUGACGUUUAAUCAAUGAAGACGAAGAAAAGAGACGAUAGCUCCUUCUCAUCCUCAAACCUCCACCUGACUGACCCACUUUCAUCUUCAUCAUCGUCUUCAUCAGCUGACCUUCUCUGUUGUUAUUGACCUUUAGUUUUACACAAACCACUGAUAUUUACAUUCAUUACACAUCAUUUCACUCUGAUUAUUAUGGUUUUUGUGAUUAAAUCCUGAUGAAAAAUCUCAAUCUGACCUUUAAUUUAAAAACAAUCAAGUGUGUGUGUGUUCAGGUAUUCCUCGUGUUGUGGGGACUGUCGUGUGUUUAUACAGUCACAUUAUGGGGACUUGUCUUCUUUACGGGGACAAAAAUCAUGUCAUUGCAUUUGAAGAAGUGUUCGUGUCUGGUUAGUGAUGUUAAGGUUAGGUUAGUAGUAGUUAUGGUUAUGGUUAAAAUAAGCCUCCUGGAAAUGAAUGUUAGUCAAUGUAAUGGAAACCAGACUGUGUUUGUAAUCUCAUGUACACACA